AGAGAGAGUAAGCAAGAAAUAACUCCUUUUACCAUCUUUGACAUUAGAACAGACACUCCCUGUAAUAGAGAGAUCAGAAUAAUGCAGUAAAAAGCCUGAAAUAAGGGAAGAGUAGAGCGAAAUAGCUUGACAGACAAUAAAGGGAUGAAACAGUAAGGCAGGAAAUAAUUCCUUUUGCCGUCUGUGACACCAGAACAAACACUCCCAGUUAUAAAGAGAUAAAUAUAAUGUAAUGCAAGGCCUGAGAUAAGGGAGGAGGAGAACGAAAUAAAGUACUACCAUCAUUAAUCAUGUGUUGGAAGGUGAUUCUGGCCGUAUACCUACUAACUCACUUAACACACGCUCGUAACUUUGAAUUCAUAGCCUACCAUGACCUAAUACAGUGCCAAGAGAGAGAUUACUUUAAUCCAGUGACCCUGCAGUGUACAAAUUGCCCCCCUAACCAGACUGUGUAUGAUAACCCCUAUGCCUGUGAAUGCUUACCAGGGUUUAAGUCUCUCUAUAAGGAGAAAGAGUUAAUCUGUGAACCUUGUCCAGCCCUACACGUGACGUCAAGUGAUAAAUUAACCUGCAUUCCUUGCUUAGGGUCAGCUGUGAAUGAAACCUUAGGGGAGUGUGACCCUUGUCCCCUGACCUCACAAGUUAUGGCAGACAAGGGCCUCAAUGGGACUUCCCUAGGGGGCAUGGUGUGUGUGAAGUGUUCUAAUGACACAGUGCCAGGUGCCAAGGGAUGUGUGCCUUGCCAUGCCUCUUAUUAUGCAGCCAGCGGAGGGUUCUGUGUCUGCCCCGAAACACAUGAGGAACUUGGUGGCACCUGUAUCCCACUUGCUGAGUUGUCUAAGAUCCCUGACAGGAAGAGCACAUACACUAUUCAGUACGCCGGUGGAUUGGCGCUUGAGUCAGCAUUCCUCAAGGCACACUUCAGGGCAGCGGCACACUCUUGCACCUUCCAACAGAACAGUUCCGCAUGCCACACCCUGAGCAACAUGUGUGUUCUGCUGCACUAUGAGUUUGAUGGGGACUUUAACGCUUGUCAAUACUACCGGGAGGAGUUUGGGGAGAACUACAUCACCUUACCAGACCACGUCCCUUGGCUGUAUUACCCUGAGGGAGAGGCAAAUGUCUACACCUCAAAGACAAAACUCAAGACCACAUACAGCUUCAAUGACGGUGAUCCAAACUCCAGCCUGAACUUCACUGUGGCAAAAUACUCUGCUGAUGGUCAUCUACUGGAGUAUGGAAGGCUGGAGGAGGUGCUAACUCUCUGCCCUCUGAUUGACUUCCGUUUUGAUGCUGUGGUUAAGUUUGGCGUGACGUUCUCCCAGCAAUGCUUCCUGAAUGUCAAGGAUUUAUGGGAUACGUAUGAGACAGUGUUUUAUGAUGUCUUCCUUCAGUACUACGACAAGGAGGAGCACAUGAUGUACGCUGUUCCAGUACUCAACAGGAACUACAAGGAAAAUGGAGUGUUGCUGAACCAGGAGAGUGAGAUGAAGUGGCAACUGACAAGAAGGUUUUUCCUGAUUGAUAACCUGAGUGGAAGAGAAGCUGGAUCACCUAAUGCAUGGGAUGAGGAAGAGAGGGCAAGAGUUGUGCGAUAUGUGAGAAACAUGGAAAUCAUCAUUCAGCUCAGGGAAGGCGAGGGUCAUGGCCUGAUAUAUCCUCCACUUAUCAAGCUAACAUACGACGAAGUGGAGGAUAAUUAUUAUGACUCAAAUCGGAAGGUGGAAGUUGGUCUCAAAGUACAGUACACCAUGAAUUUCUCUAAGAUUCAGGAAGAUUUGUCCAUAGCAAUUGGCGUGGUGAGUUGCUUUGCCGUGCUGUGGUCCAUCAUCGCCACGUGGAGCUGGUUCCGCCGGUGUGGUCGUGUGGGGCUUGACAUACCAACCAUAUUUCACUUUGUCAUUGUGGUGUGCGGCAAUCUCGCCACCGUGUUCUGGCUUGUAAUGUUCUUCUCUUGUUUGUACUGGACCAUCUUCUUCAAGCGCCAGGAUGUAGUUCACCUGUUCCUGCUAACACAACACCAAGAGACCGUCAUCAAGCAGUACCUCAUAGCUGCCUGGUUCCUCAAACUGGUGCAGGUUGUGUAUGUUGUGUAUGUACAAAUCACUAUUGACAUGUUCAUCAUAGACUGGGAGCAGCCAAGAGCCAGGAACUCCAUCCCUCACCCUCAGCUCAACAUGAGUCUGGACGAUGAGGGGAAGCAACGUGCCGAGCAGCCAAUCAGCAUCUGGAGGACAUACUUCAUUGCCAACGAGUGGAAUGAACUGCAGACACACCGCAAGGUCAACAUUGGUUUGCAGUUGUUUUUGACACUCCUGUUUUUGAAAGUGAUGGGGUUUGAGAACCUUUCCAUCAUGAGUCCAGACAGCAGCUUCCAGGAUGACCCUCAAGGCAGCAGUGUUCCCCAGAGUUUUGUGUGCCGCUUUGCCAUCAGCAUCUCUAUCUACCUGGCUAUUGUCGUGGCCCAGUGGCUGUUCAAGCUGAUGAUCUAUGAGCGCUAUGUCGAAAAUAAACUCCAGCAGUUUAUUGAUCUUUGCUCCAUUGCUAACAUCAGCAUCUUCAUCCUAGAGCACAAGAUGUAUGGCUAUUACAUCCAUGGCCGAUCUGCUCAUGGCUUUGCUGAUGUUGACAUGCAGUCUAUCUAUGAGCAGAUGAAGCGCGAGGAGGAGGAUCUGUGUGGCCACCGUGGUCUUGAGCCAUCCAGCGAGUGCCAGACAUUUGAAGUGGCUGUCACCCCAAGAUUCAGGGAGAAAUACGACACCAUCCUACAGCCCCUACACAGGCGUAGAGGACUGGGCAGGCCAGCAGGACGCAUCAGGAUGGCAUCAGAUCAACUAGAGCAAAGUUUCCAAGCACAUGAGGCUCUGAAGAGGUUCUUUGGAAUGUUCCUUCAGCAUGCUCUCAAAAACCUAGACUACAUCAUUAAAGAGAAGUUGUUCCUUGAAGGCCUGUUGGAUUUGGAGUUCCAGGAGACAGACGACCGCUGCCUGCUCUUCAGGGACAACAAACACACCUUCAGGCGUGUGCUCUUCUAUGGGCAUGAGGCAACCUUUGUCCUGUUUGAAAUGCUGCUGUUCACCUUCAUUGAUAUUGUCUCGGGUGACUUUGUUCUGGCGGCCGUGGUGACAUUCACCUUGGUGGUGCUGCUGGAGAAGGUCUGCAGCGCCAGCGGACGGAACAAUGUGGUCCACAAGACACUGGUGGACCAAAGGUUCCUGAUGUAGUGUGUCAGUUGAGGAUAACCAUAGAUCUCUUGAAGUUUUAUAGUCUAUAAUUUAAUAUGUAAUGCAACUAUUUUGAGCAAUUUAGCAUUUCUUUGUAAUUAAUGCUAAGUUGAAGUGUGCUAUAGUGCAGAUUAUAGAUACAGUAUUAUUUUUGCUUGGUGGCAUCUGUAAUGCAAAAGUUAUAUGAAUAUCCAAAGCAGAAGUCUAGUCAAGUGUAGCAGAUAUGUGAUUGUUAAAUUUUUUCUUGUGAUAGGAUACCCAUCUCAGGUUAUGUGCCUAGUCUACUUUUAAGAUCUACAAUGUAUGUGUGUAGCAUUAAGCCUUAUAGAUGAAUACCUGUGAAGCUGCCAGUCAGAAGCUUACACUUGAGUGAGAAAUUGUAACACAUUGAGAGCCCGUCCAUGUCUUAGUUUAAUUAGUACUUGUAUCAAGACUUGAUACUUGAAGACUUUUUAGACAACUAUACUGUAAUGUACAGUAGAGCAUUAUCUCUGUGUUGUGCUUUUAUAUGUUGUUGCUAUACACCCUGACAGAGGAAUAGCAGCAUUGCUGUAGGGGUGUAGGAGAGGUGGACCCCAGGGUGUAGUGUGUUGGGGGCUGGAGGGUGAAGAAAAUUUCAAGACACUUAUCCUCCUUUAUUUUUUUAUUUAUUUAUUUAUUUAUUUAUUUAUUUAUUUAUUUAUUUAUUUAUUUAUUUAUUUAUAUUUUUUUUCCUUAGGGACUGGCACCUCAGUGGGGCUUUUUUUUUCUAUCUAAAUUUUUUGCUGCUCUUGGUCAGUGGCCCUUUUACA